AUGUCUUCCUUCAUCGUAUGUGGUUUCGCUCGUCUAGCUACGUUAGUUCGUAAUCGUCUAAAAGAAGAAAAAGAUUCCCUUCUCCUCAAUGCUGGAGACAGCUUUCAGGGUACCAUCUGGUACAAUAUUCUUCGGUGGAAUGUGACACAGGACUUUAUGAAUAUGCUGCCUCAUGAUGCACACGUACUAGGAAAUCAUGAGUUUGACAACGGCAUUGAAGGUGUCGUCCCAUAUUUGCAACAUUUGGACUCCAAAGUGGUAACAGCCAACAUCAUUGAUGACUUGGAACCUACAAUGCACGGUUUAUAUGAAAAGAGUAUAAUUGUCACAAGAAAGGGCAGAAGAAUUGGAAUCAUUGGUGUUAUAAUAGCAACUACUAACACCUUAGCUUCAACUGGCAGACUUAGAUUCACUGAUGAAGUGGAGGCCGUGAGAGAAGAAGCAGAAAAACUAAACGCUCAAGGCGUGGAUAUUAUAAUUGUACUGUCACAUUGUGGAAUAGAUAUUGACAGAGAAAUAGCUAUGCACGCUGGUCCUCAUGUGGACAUCAUAGUUGGAGGACAUAGCCACACUUUGUUAUACAAUGGAGAGGCUCCUGAAAACAGUGGAUUCACUCCAUUGGGACCCUACCCUGUGGUUGUGGAACAAGCAUCAAGAAAAGUUUUAAUAGUACAAGCGGCAGCACAUACUCAGUAUUUGGGUGAGAUCAAACUUACAUUUGAUGAUAAUGGACACCUUCUAAGAUGGAAUGGAGAUCCUCACUACAUAGGAAAUGAAAUUCCUCAAGCACCUGACGUUUUGGAGAAGAUCAACUACUAUUUGCCACGUAUUGAAGAACAAGCUACUGAAGUGAUUGGUUCAUCUUUAGUUCGUCUGUCAUCAAGUUGUGCAUGUUCCGAGUGUAAUCUGGGCAACCUUAUUUGUGACGCCUUUUUGCAUGCAGUCAUACCUAGAGCAGCCAACAACAGCUGGAACUAUGCUCAUUUCUGUGUGAUUAACCAAGGAGGCAUAAGAGUACCUAUUGAAGAAGGAGAAAUAACUUUUGAGUCGCUGAUAUUGUCUACCCCCUUUGAGAACAAUGUAGAAGUUUUUGACUUGAAAGGUGAACAUAUUCUGGAAAUGUUGGAGUAUUCGGUGGCAAACGAACCCUACGCUGGCGCACGAAUGCUGCAAGUGUCAGGAAUGCGCGCAGUUUUUGACGGUGGACGACCUUUAGGAAACCGGGUGAUUGAUGUGACCAUUCGGUGUAUUGAAUGUGAUGUACCCAAAUAUGAACCUUUGUCUACCGAAAAAUAUUAUAAAGUAGUGUCAACUGAUUUUUUAGGAAACGGCGGAGGUGAUUUUACCAUGAUAAGUGAAAAUCGUAAAAACGUUGAAGUCGUUGGAGUGGACUAUGAAGUUCUUAUGAAUUAUAUUAGGCAACUCGCUCCCAUAUACGCCGAAAAUGAGGGUCGUAUGCAGAUCAGUAAUCCGUGCAUUAUAUGAGAAGAUUAACGAGUGUGCUGAUGAUACUUCUGCACUUA